AUGACCGCGGCUACUCGGUCUUGUCUCGCCGCGGAGCGCGCUCGAGAAUCCGAUCUUUGCUUCUACUACCCGCCUUCACUGAGCAUCCCGGAUCUGAGGGCCCAGCUGGACACCGGCCCCGGCACCAACUCCAACCCUUCUUCCGCCCAUGUCCCGCGCCCCUCCACGGACCUUGUACUCACUGCCCUGGCCCAGCUGGGCGCGCUUCGCCUCAAUGCCGCCAAUGUCCUGGUGUCGCUGGUCGACAGCCAGUCGCAGAUCGUGCUGGCUGAGGCCACGCCGAACAUGUCCUUGACCGGCCCCGCCGACGCUCUGUGGCUGGGCAGUGCCGUCAUCCCCCGCGAGUACGGAGUCUGCGAGUGUGUGCUGGACGAGCCGGCUGUCGUCGUCAACGACCUGCUGCUCGAUGCCCGCUUCCACGCCCGUCCUUUCGUGCGCGCCUCGCCGCAGUUUCGCUUCUACGCAGGCAUCCCGCUCAAGGCUCCUACCGGCUCCGUCAUCGGCGUCUACGCCAUCUUCGACACCUCUCCGCGCGACGGCCUCGCCGAAACCGAGCUGCUUUUCCUGCAAGACGUUGCCGCUGCUGUCGUCUCCUAUCUCGGCGUCUCCAAAGCACACGACACCAAUCGGAACUCCGAGCACAUGAUACGCGGCCUGGCUUCCUUCGUCACCGGUGCCGCUGACCUGGAGGCCACCGCCGACCUCGACGUGCCACGUGCCCCCGAAAACCCGUCCGUUGCGUCGCCACUGCCAGCUCGCACGCCUGCAACCCAAGACAAGAGCCCCCCGUCGGACGAACCACAAGGGGCGACUCCAGACGAGGACCCGCCCACGCUACAGGACUCCAUCCUCCCUUCUGGUGCAAAGCGCAUGUUUUCCCGUGCCGCCAACAUCAUGCGCGAAUCCAGCGCCCUGUCCGGCGUCAUCUUCUUCGACGCCUCCAUGGCAAACGUCCUUCCCACAGGAGCCACUCCGCCCCAGACGUCGAGCGACGACAGCGACGCCGAAGCCAGCACCGCUCUCACCACCAGCACUGCCGAAGAGUCCUCUGGGUCCAACCUCUCCUCGACGUCGUCGGGCCCUUCGAUCCCCACCUGCAAAAUACUCGGAUUCGCCGAUGCCAGUCGUUCGAGCCGCGACGGUAGCCGCAUCAGGAAAGACUAUCUGAUGCUGACCGAAACCUCCCUGCGAAAGUUCCUCACCCGACACCCGCACGGCAAGAUAUUCAACAUCGCAAGGCAGGCCACCGACGACGUUCCCGUGAAGCGGUCCAGGAGAGGCAAAACCCGCCGCAGUACGGCGGUGGAUGCCAUCAUCGACGUCGCCCAUAAUGCCCGCAGCGCUGCGAUCAUACCUCUGUGGGACUACAACCGCCAGCGCUGGUUCGCCGGCUGUCUGUGCUGGGUUACGGAUCCCAGACGGGAGCUCACAUACGGAUCCGAUCUCCUCUUCCUCCGUGCUUUUGGUCAUAGCAUCAUGGCGGAAAUGGGCCGGAUAGAUGCGGCUGCCGUGGACAAGGCCAGAACAACCUUCAUCGAGUCCAUGUCACACGAGCUGCGAUCGCCACUACACGGCAUUCUGGGAGCGGCCGAAUAUCUACAGAGCAUGCGGCUCGACACAUUCCAAGCCAACGUCGUCUACUCAAUUGCCAUGUGCGGCCGCACCCUGCUUGACACUGUCCAGAACGUGCUCGAGUACUCAAAGAUCAACGAAUUCACAGGGCCAUAUGCCAAGAGCGCAACUUCUGCCGCCCUGCGCCUGCGCCGCUCGUCCAUCGGGCCCAUUGGCAGCAACCCUACCGUCGAUCUACGGCGAUUGACCGAGGAAACCGUCGAAGCCAUUUUUGCCGGUCAAUCCUACAACUUUUCAACCCCUCAACCCAACGACGACGAAGACUAUUUCUCAGACCCUCCGACCUCGGCCAGUCCCCGGUCGAAAUCAGGCCGCAAGCCCGUCCGUGUCGUUCUCGAUCUUCCGAACCGCCACUCGUGGGCAUUCGCGAUACAGCCCGGCAUCUGGCGCCGCAUUCUCAUGAAUGUAUUUGGCAACGCGCUUCGUUUCACCGAAACCGGCUUUGUCCGCGUAGCUCUCUCAGCCAACGAUGUCGGCGAGUCCGAGAGCGAACUGCUCUUGACCAUAACGGACUCUGGCGUAGGAAUGUCAUCCAAGUACGUGCAGGAUGGACUCUUCAAGCCAUUCUCCCAAGAAAACUCCUUUUCAGCCGGCACGGGUCUUGGUAUGAGCAUCGUGCAGCGUCUUGUCCAGAGCCUCGGCGGCGAGAUUACAGUAAAGAGCAAAGUCCAGUCCGGCACUACGGUUCAAAUCCGCAUGGUUCUCCCCAGCCGUGUAGCUAUCGCAGAUGACGACUUCGAGGAUUCCGUAACAACCCGAGCACGUGGCAGAAACGUCACUGUCAUCAAGGACAGGAUCCUCGAGGGCGAGGAAACGCGGGAUGUUCUACGCGCAAGCGAGCGCCAGUUUCACGAUUGCUUGACUGACAGCUUGAAGGCAUGGUUCGGAGUGAACGUGGCCAAUUCACGCGAUAGCGACGACGCCAGCAGCCGACUCGUGAUCUAUCCUGGACCCAGUUUCCACGCCCUGUACAAAGCGGGGAAGAGGAGGGGCGUUACUGUGAUUGUCGCUAUAGAUGGCGUCGAAGCCGCAACUUUGAGGACUGAUCCUCGAAUCAAGAGCGGCUGGAUCGAAGUGGUCACGCAGCCCUGUGGUCCGUCCAAGCUCGCCAGGAUCCUUGAUCGGUACAUGUCUCGUCUUGACCCGGAGUCCAAUGCUCCACUCCGGCCGGACAUUUCAAAAUCACCGAGACCCGGCGUGGGGACCACGGUCAUGUCUAGCCUACUACAUUGCCCAUCACCCAGCUCUGCAAGAGCCGCUCAGAAGAGCAAUGACCUGGAAACAAUCCCGCAGCAGACACCCAAGGGCUCCGUCCACGAACCAUCGCAGCCUCCGUAUUCCCUAAAGCCGUCGGAAAGCGUGUCGAGCGACUCGUCACUAGGCGCCGUCACCCCACCAUCGUCGUCUCGAUCCUCGCACAUCUACCACCACCGUAUGCACAAUGAGAUGGUGGGCAAGCAGAAAUCCCUCCUCGCCGCCACCUCGGCCCCACCGCCAGCGUCCUCCUCCGAAGCAGCUGCAUCCGACCCCUCCUCGUUCACACUGUCUCUUCGUCACCGUAGCAGAAGCAGCAAGGAAAUCCUAAUCGUCGACGACAACCCGCUCAACCUCCGCCUCCUCUCGGCCUUCCUCACCAAAGCCGGCUUCCACCGCCACACGUCGGCGCUCAAUGGCCUCGAGGCGCUGAACAUGUUCAAGAAGCAGCCGGCGCGGUGGGCGGCGAUACUGAUGGACAUCAGCAUGCCGGUCAUGGACGGGGUGACGGCGACGCAAGAGAUCAGGGCGUGGGAGCGGCGAGUCAUACAGAACAACAGCAGCGGCCAACCCGGCGCCAUGACCCCAUCGGCCUUUGUCUAUGGCGGGGGCUCGGAUGACGGCGAUGCCAAGAAGUCGCCGGCGACGAAGCGGUCGGCGAAAGACGAGUCGAAGGAGGCUGUCAAGAGGUGGAGCAAGGGCGCGGCGGGGGCGCCGCCGCCGGAUGUGUCGUCGCCGGCUUUACCGGCACCGCAGAUGCCGGACAACGGCAUCGUUGGUGCGCCUUCUUCGAUGCUCCCGGAUGGGUUCCCGUUCCCGCGUGAGGAGGAGAAGGGGGAGAAGGAGGAGAAGGAGGAGAAGGAGGAGACAGAAGAACAAGGCCAAGGCAAGCCGCCGCCGGCAGAAUCAACUAGGUAUGGUGCAUCUAUGGCACCGUCUGUCCCGCUCCGUCCCGCAGCGGAGCCGGACGACGACACUCGCGACUCGGAAGAGAAGGAACGGGGCGAAGACGGUCAGGAGAGCGAGGUCCCACGGGGAAUCCCGUCGUCGUCCUCCCCCCGCUCCUCGUUGCCCAGCCGGUCGCAGCCGUCCGACAAGGAAGCCUCGGCAUCCAUUGGCUCCUCCUCCUCCUCCCCGCCUCACUCAUCCUUCUCAGCCGAGUCGCCAUCGGCGGUGCUUGAAACGCCAACGCCGAAAGCCACGGGCACAGGGACAGGCACGGGCCCGGCAACAGCCUCGGUGCUGGCGGCACACGGCCGGGUGCAGAUCAUCGUCAUCACUGGGCUGGGGAGCGCGACGGCGCGGUUCGAGGCGAUGCACGCGGGGGCGGACGUGUUCAUGACGAAGCCGAUCAAGUUUGGGGUGUUGAUGAAGACGUUGAAGGGGAGGAUCGGCGGUUGA